AAAAAACAAAAAAAAAUUUGGACCAUUUCUCGAUUUGUGCGUGUCAUCCUUGCGCAGGGGCCAUGCUAAUCUUCUCUGUAUCGUUCCAAUUUUAUCGGAUGUCCCCGAAGGGACAAUCACCUUCUUCACUCCGUCGCUAUAUAAACACAGCUUCUUCUCUUCACUUGAACGAUGUGGGACUGUUUUAAGCUCCUCGCUCGUUUGCAGCCUUAAUGGGCCUAUUCUUUGUAUCAAGCCCAUUAACGUUAUCAACCAUAUAAAAAGCAACUAAAAAGAAAGCUCAAUUUCAAAAUCGUGGAGCCAAGAACAUGACCGUCGUCUUCCUUCGAAUCCAGAUUCAAAAAAUUUCCAUCGGAACUCUGAGGUUACUCCCACGAAACCUCUCCACUAUAAAGCCUUCUCCUUUAUCAUCUCUCUACUCCACACUCUCUUCCCGAAUCGAAGAACACCCGAAGAGAUACGAGCACCACAAUGUCGCUACCUGCAUCGCCGCAUUGCAACGCUGCGCGCACCGCAACGACGCCGUUUCCGGCGGAGAGCUUCACGGCUUCAUGGUCCGGAAAGGGCUUCUCGAAGACUCCCCUCGCGCCGUCACCAGCCUCGUCAACAUGUACGCUAAGUGCGGUCUCAUGCGGCGAGCGAUCUCCGUCUCUGGUGGAUCCGAGCGAGACGUGUUCGCUUAUAACGCGAUUAUCUCUGGGUUUGUUGUGAAUGGGUUUCCUUUUGAUGCUGUUGAGAUGUAUAAAGAGAUGAGAGCUAAUGGAAUUUUACCCGAUAAGUAUACGUUUCCAAGUUUGCUUAAAGGAAGCGAUGCCAUGGAGGUUUCUGAUGUUAGGACGGUUCAUGGAUUAGCGUUUAAACUUGGGUUUGAUUCGGAUUGUUAUGUAGGGAGUGCGUUAGUGAGUUCUUAUUUAAAGUUUAGGGUAGUGGAGGAUGCGCAGAAGGUGUUCGACGAAUUGCCUGAGAGAGAUGAUAGUGUGCUUUGGAACGCUUUGGUUAUUGGGUAUUCUCAGAUAUUUAAGUUUGAGGAUGCUUUGAGAGUCUUUAGUCAAAUGCGUGAAGAAGGUGUUGCCUUGAGUAGGCAUACAGUCACCGGCGUCUUGUCAGCGUUCACUGUGUUAGCGGAUGUUGACAAUGGUAGAUCGAUCCACGGCCUCGCGGUGAAAACGGGGUUUGAUUCUGGAACCGUUGUGUCGAAUGCGUUGAUUGAUAUGUAUGGAAAGAGUAGGUGGCUAGAGGAAGCGGUUAAGAUCUUUGAAGCGAUGGAUAACGAGAGAGAUAUCUUUACGUGGAACUCUGUUUUAUGUGUUCAUGACUACUGUGGUGAUCAUGACGGAGCUUUAGCUAUGUUCAACAGGAUGCUUUGUUCCGGAAUCCGACCUGAUCUCGUUACGUUGACGACAGUUCUCCCCACUUGCGGUCGUUUAGCUGCGUUGAACCAGGGAAGAGAGAUUCAUGGAUACAUGAUCGUCAACGGACUCUUAAACCGAAACUCCAACGAUGAGUUCAUCAACAACUCCUUGAUGGACAUGUACGCGAAAUGCGGGGACUUGAGAGAUGCGCAGACGGUUUUCGACUCGAUGAGGAGUAAAGACUCAGCUUCUUGGAACAUUAUGAUUAACGGUUACGGUGUCCAGAGCUGCGGCGAGCUAGCUUUGGAUAUGUUCUCGCGUAUGUGCGAAGCAGGUGUCAGACCUGAUGAGAUCACAUUCGUUGGGCUGCUACAAGCAUGUAACCACUCAGGCUUUGUUAGCGACGGGAAAAGGUUCCUGGCGCAGAUGGAGACGGUAUACAACGUUAUUCCAACGAGUGAUCACUACACUUGUGUGAUAGACAUGCUUGGCCGUGCAGGGAAGCUACAAGAAGCAUAUAAGUUAGCAGUAACAAUGCCUGUGGGGGAUAAUCCUGUAGUCUGGAGGUCAAUAUUAGCAUCUUGUCGUCUCCACGGGAACAACAUAGGCCUGGGGGAAUUGGCUGUAAAGCGGUUAUAUGAGCUAGAGCCAGAGCAUAGCGGCGCUUAUAUAUUAAUGUCUAAUAUGUAUAUGGAAACCGGUGGAUACGAGCGAGUUUUGGCCCUUAGAGACGCAAUGAAAAAACUGAAUAUGAAGAAGACAGCAGCUAGUAGCUGGAUUGAGGUCAAGCAUGAGAUUCACACGUUCUUUAACAGCGAUAAGACUCACCCGGAAUAUGAAUCUAUCGAGGCUUGUUUAAGCCCGUUGACUUCUCAUAUAUUAGGUGGUCAUUAGUGUACGCUGCUCGACGAUUAUGCCAAAUUUUGGUUAGUCAUAAUAUCCUUCUUUUCGAG